CUUGAUACUGCCAUUGAUAUAUGUUCCCUCAGACCUCUUCGCAAUCUUCUAUUCUCCAGGCGAAGGUCCAGUGCCAUUCAUGUACUCCACAGAGGCAUUCCCUCUCUAUCCGUGAUAACGGCAUGUCCUUUGCUACUGCGACCACCUGGUUCUGGAACUUCAUUCUCUCAAUCACUUGGCCUUCGCUCGUCUUGGCCUUCAAACAACAAGGUGCCUUCAGCUGGUACGCAGCAUGGUGCUGUCUUCUCUGGGCACUCAUCUUGUUAUUCGUGCACGAGACAAAAGGCAAGACCCUGGAGGAGCUCGACCAAGUUUUCACUGUCCCCCUUGGCAUGCACGCUGCAUAUGGUCUGCGCCAGAUACCCUACGGUAUCAAGAUAUUCGUGUUGAGCACCGGGGGCGGCAAGAAUGCGAAGAGAAUGCGAGGGAGUGCCACAUCGUGCAGAAAGAACUUGAACGACUCUCGCACAACGACGCACGAUAUGGACUCCUUUUACAUCGUGUAUUCGUCCGAAUUUCUUGUCGAGAUUGUGCGAGGGCGGUUUCAGCUGGCGGUGCACGAUGUGGCACGCUCUCGCAUGUUCCCGCACUGUCCGGUUUUCACUGGGGUUGAUUCAUGGGUUAUUAACCCAGGAGAUGGCAGUUAA